AUGCGCUACGCGGACCCCUCGGCCAACCGGGAUUUGCUGGGGAACCGAACUUUACUCUUCAUUUUCAUCUGCGCCUUCGCCUUGGUGACCUUGCUGCAACAGAUCCUGUACGGCCGAAACUACAUCAAGAGAGGCCCUCACUUUGGUUGGCAGAGUGGUGACCAGCUGGCCAAUUGGACGGGGCUCCCUAAUGUCACGGACGACCCAGCAGUGCAGAGCAGCAGUGACUCCAGCUCCAGGUACUUUGAAUUUUACGAGGGCCCAUUUGAAUAUAAUUCCACAAGAUGUCUGGAGCUGAGGCACGAAAUCUUGGAAGUAAAGGUGCUGUCCAUGGUGAAGCAGUCAGAGCUGUUCGACAGAUGGAAGAGCCUGCAGAUGUGCCGAUGGGCGAUGAAUAUCUCUGAGGCCAACCAGUUCAAGUCCACUCUGUCCCGGUGCUGCAAUGCCCCCUCCUUCCUCUUCACCACUCAGAAGAACACGCCCCUGGGGACCAAGCUCAAGUAUGAAGUGGACACCAGCGGCAUCUACCAUAUCAACCAGGAGAUCUUCCGCAUGUUUCCCAAGGACAUGCCCUACUACCGGUCCCAGUUUAAGAAGUGUGCAGUGGUGGGCAAUGGAGGCAUCCUAAAGAACAGCCGCUGUGGGAGAGAGAUCAACAGUGCUGACUUUGUCUUCCGGUGCAACCUACCCCCCAUCUCAGAGAAGUACACCAUGGAUGUGGGGGUGAAGACGGAUGUGGUCACUGUGAACCCCAGCAUCAUCACAGAGAGGUUCCACAAGUUGGAGAAGUGGCGGCGGCCCUUCUACCGGGUGCUGCAGGUGUACGAGAACGCGUCGGUGCUGCUGCCCGCCUUCUACAACACGCGCAACACCGACGUGUCCAUCCGCGUCAAGUACGUGCUGGACGACUUCGAGUCGCCACAGGCCGUGUACUACUUCCACCCGCAGUACCUGGUCAACGUGUCGCGCUACUGGCUCAGCCUGGGGGUGCGCGCCAAGCGCAUCAGCACCGGCCUCAUCUUGGCCACGGCGGCGCUCGAGCUCUGCGAGGAGGUGCACCUGUUCGGCUUCUGGGCCUUCCCCAUGAACCCCUCGGGCCUCUACAUCACCCACCACUACUACGACAACGUCAAGCCCCGCCCCGGCUUCCACGCCAUGCCCUCCGAGAUCUUCAACUUCCUGCACCUGCACAGCCGGGGCAUCCUGCGCGUGCACACAGGCACCUGCAGCUGCUGCUGAGGGCGGCGCACGCUGGCCCGCCACCGGGCACCCCCGGGCGAGCAGAAACGCGCUCCUCCUCUUCCUCCUCUCCUUCCUGCCCCGGGCAGUGUGGGGGGCGCCUGGCCUUCGGGCUGUCACUACCUCGGGGCGUUCAGCUUCCUGUUUGGGUGGGUGGGCCAGGAGGCAGGGAUGGGGAGGCCCCGGGUAGAAUCGGCUCUGUGCUAAGCAUCCUGGCCUCGGCUGGCAGGGGCAGGGGUGUCCCCGUGUCCCCACCCUGCCCACUGGGAGCAUGCUGCUGAGCCAAGCCUCAAGAUGGGGCCUUGGGGGUUGCAAGUGACUAAAGCACAUUUGCACUUAAUUUUAGCAUUCGGGAAAGCACACACUGUAGUGGCCUUGCCACUGCUGAGGGAAGGCCCUGAAGGACAGAAAAGAGGGAGACUGAACAUGUGAGCACGGUCAGGAUUUGGCUUCCUGAGUUUUAUCCAAGGCCCCAGCCGUGAUUUGCUAUCUAGAACCUCUGAGCUUACAGAUCUACCCAGCAGCCGGACCUUCCCAUGAAGACAGAUACAGUGGCUUAGGGAGGUCCAGGGUUUAAUCAAGGUCACUCCAGCUGAUGUAAGUCCCUUAAGUGACACCAUGAGAUGUAAUGCAAGCCCCGUGUCUUAGCAUCUUCGCCUCAACACUGUCAACUGAGAGCUACGCUCUUUCACACGCAUCCUCAGACACACACACACAGUCUCGGCACCUCCAAGUCCAAUCCUGUGUCUGAUCCUCCUAAUGACAAGGACCAGCCAUUUGCACGAAGGUUUUCAGGUCAAUGGUAUUGACUUAAUCUGUGCUUCGCAAUAUGCUUCCUCUCCAGUCUCCUUAUUUUCAGCUCUAUUUUAACCAGGAGUUAUUUAUAAGAUCCCUUCCUCUUUCUGUUCCCGAAUCCUGCGGAAUCCUGCUGCAUUGUGUUCCUGAGCUGAAACUGUAGGCUCCAGGCUGGAAAGCGCUGAGAUGUGACUGAUGAGCUUCGCAGAUGGAAGUGCCUCACGGCCUCCAACACCAGCAUCACUGAGGGUUCCACUGUGAAGGCAGGACUUCCCGCAUCAUGCAACCUGGUGGCCUCCCCACCCAUGGACCCCCGGAGCCUGUGCUUUGGGAAUUUAACUGUGCCUGGGCUGAAAGGAGUUAGCAUGGCAUUUCGCCUCUGAAGUUCACUGUCUUUGCUUCCCCCAUGCUGUCUGGGCCAUCAGUGUGGUCCUGCCUGAUAGACACCCACGGAGACUUGCCUUAGAACCUAGCUUCGGGGAAUGUUAGUUCUGGAGGACCUCAGGCCCCUCCUGCCUUUUCUCAGAAGCCUAUUCUGCUUGGGUCUGGGGGUGGGCUUGGGAAGACAGGAUGACCAAUAAAGGCAGAGUCACUGUCCUCUUGGGGUGGAGGGCAUACCCCAGCCCAGCCCAAGGAGGGCAAGGAGCUGUGGGUUGUCAGCUGGGAGUGGGGAGCACAAUCUGGUGACUGCAUUUUAUAGGAAGAGCAGCAGGCCCAGCCAGGGAGAGACAGAGGAGAGCAUGGGCUCAGCCCUGGGCCUCCAGGCUGCUGGUCCAGGGCUCCUUUCUUGGCUAAUUCCUUGGUUUGGGCUUGUGUUUCCUGGAGGGUAUGCUCCAUGCAUAACCCUGUUCUGGAGGCUGACCUUCCACCUUUGUUCUGAGCCCUGGUCCUUACUGGGCAAGCCUUGGGCUGCUUGUCUGUAGAGCAGGGAAGUAGCCAGUGAGACAAACUAGACCCUAGUGAGCCAUACGCUGGGAAAAGCUGUGUGAGCCUGGGGAUGACCAGGCUUUCUUGGGGUCUGUCUGUCCCUCCCAAGGAAGAUACUUCUGGGGAAGGUUCCAGUUAGCUGAGGUUUCCAUCUGCAUGUUUGUGGUUAAUUGAGCCCAGUUCUUGAAACCGUGGAAUGUCAGAACUGUGAGGCUUCUAGAGACCAUUUUGUCUCAUUUAAGGAGACAGACCUAGAAGGAGGGGUGACCUACUGAACAGAGCCCCUGGGUGACACUUCUGUUCCAAGUGUUUUGGGGGCAGGAGCCGUGGCAAUCAGACAUCAGGAUUCCCACUGCUUGGGGGUGCCGUGGGUUGGUGUCUGCCCCAGCAGGGCCCUUGUAGGAGCGGGGGAUAGAACCUCAUGAUUCACUCCAUAGAGGAGUCGGGACUCAUGGUCCCAUUUCUGCCUGUGGGUAUUAGGGCAAGUCUCUUCUCUCCCCACAGGCCUAUUGCCUCAUCUUUACAACUAGAGGCUUACGAAAGAUCUCUAGGGUCUUUACAACCUCUAAUUUGUUUUUGGAGGCAUCCUUGAUAUACAGAUCUGAGCCACAAGUAGUGUUUACUAUUAUAACAGCUAACAUUCAGUGUGCUCUCAUUCCACGUCAGGCCCAGCACAUUUCUUUGCAAUUAUCUCCUGUGGUCCUCACAAGACCCCCUUAGGUAAGGAGGCUCCUACUGGAGGCUCACAGUGAUCUAGUGACUUGCCCAUGGUCAGGCACCCAAUGGAGGAGAUCGCACCCAGGUUUGUGGAACCCCAAAGCCUAUGCUCGUCUGUCUCAGCUGCUUCUCAGCCAGUGUCAUGAGGGCUGGAACAAGAGGGAUCCUGAUGGAGGUGCCUCUGCAGGGUGUUACUGGGCCCUGCUCCAGGAACAAAUGCUCUGGGAGGCUGUCCUGGGUCCGGGAGGCAGUCUCUGCUUGGAGGUGUCCCCCACCCGCAUCCACUGUAGCAACACUCACCCACCCGUGGUAGAAUGGGUGCCACUCCAGCCCUGCAGGGAGCUGAGAUCAUCUCUACAUCUUGUAGGUGAGGGGAGAUGCCCAGAAAGCAUACAUGUUAGGUGACAACAUGUUGAGUGACUUGCCCAAGUCCCAUGGCCAGCGAGUGCCUCAGUUGGGACUCAUCCACUCUCCUGACUUCCAGGCCAUGCUUGUUCUCCUGCAGUCGGUGUUUGUGGGAAAAAAAAUUGUGUUCAAAGGCUCCAAGGGAUGUGGGCCUUGACUCAGGAAGCCCCCCUGCUCUGUUCCCUGCUCCUCCAACUCCGUACCAUGGGGUAAUGCAGACUACCAGUUAAAUUCUCAUUUGAGGGAAAUCGAUUUCCCACAAAUAAAACAACCCUCAUGUCUUCUCUGUGCUAAACUCACUGCUCCAGGGUUAAAAGACAGCAAAAACAAGUAAAUGACUCAGUGCUUAGCCAAGCAGAACGGAAGGUGGCUCAAGGUCAGAUGCAGCCUGUGAAACUCAGCAGCAAAGCUGCUGGGGCGACUCUGCUGGCUGGUCACCUGGUGCUGCAGAGAGCAGAGAGCCCCCAGCCCUGCACUCUGCUGAGUGGGGGGAGCCAGCGGGGGCAGCGCUUCUUUUUGGUUGAGGGAGGGCACAGGGCUGGCUUCAGCUGGGCCCUCAACAAGUAAUUACUGAGCACUUACUUUGUGCCAGGCAUUGUGUUGGGUGCCAGGGACCAACCAUCAAAUCAUAGCCUGUGCCCUCCCCAGAGGGUGUCCAGACGCGGAGUCCAGAGCCCACAUGCUGCACAGGAGCUGUGCAGGGAGUUGGCAAGUCUGCACUCCAGGACAGUUACCAGGGGAAGAGGACAGGGCCUACCGGAGUUAAGCUGGAAUUCUGAAGGUUGGUGAUGGCCAAAGCAGUGGCCGCUCCUCAGGCCUCAUCCUUGACGUUCACGUGACAUGUGAUGGGGGUAGUGGUGGUGGCUUCACCAUCCUUUUGAGGCCUCUCUUCCUUUGUUGCCUAACAAACCACUCUCCCCUGACUCCUUCUGUCUCUGAAUGCUCCUUCUCAGGCCCCUUUGUUGAUUCACCUCCUGUGAGGCUUCUUCAGGGCUCUCUUCUCUCAGCAGGCGUGCUCCUGCAGAAAUCUCACCUCCUCACACCCCCUGUCCUGUCCCUGUGUCUCAGCCUCCUUACCUGCAAGCCAGGUCUCCCUUAGAGCAUCAGAAGCACACUCACCACAGUCUCCUGGACGUCUGUACCUGCGCAGCAUCUCCAAUCUCAUCGUGUCCUCAGCUGACAUAGUUGAAAGGACAACCUGGCUUCAGGGUUCCCUCUUACCAUGUACUAGCUGGGUGACCUCCAGGGAGCUGCCUUAAGUCCCUGGAUCCUCUGAUCCAUUAUUUGAGGAGUGAGGCCAAGACACCAGCCUCUCUAGCUGUGGCAAAGGUCAAGUGAAAUAGGGUCUUACAAUGUCUAGCACAGAACCCGGCAUAAACUAGACACUCAGCACCGGUCCCUCUGCCUCCUCCCUUCCGCAUCCCUCCACUGGUGAAUGGCUUUCCUGCACUUUCCCCAGAAACUGGGUCAACCUUGGCUCUUCCUUUUCUUUCACCUUCGAUGUCAGCAUAACUACUGGAGAACCACCCCCCAUGAUGCCUGCCAUUCGGUGGCUGCUGCUGAGUGAGUGGUGAUGUCUGGCUUGAAACUCAGACUAGGGACUUCAGUGCGAAAAGAGUGAAAGUGGAAAUAUGGCACACAACUCAACUUCUGCACUUUGUAUAAACAUGAGUAUAAAAUAUAACCUGCCAUUAAGCUAGCGACGAAAGAAAUAAUUGGGAAUCUAAAACAUUUAUGAAAUCCAUUUUGGCCUGGAUAUGAUCAGAUAUACUUUUUUCCCUAUUUUUGAUUGUGAUAAAAUGCACAUAAAAUUGACCACUUUAGCCAUUUUUCAAGUAUACAGUUCAGUAGUGCUAAGUGCAUUCACAUUGUUGUGCGACCAAUCUCCACAACACUUUUCAUGUUGCAGAACAAGCUCCGUACCCAUCAGAGGAGAACUCCCAUUCCCGCCCCCCCACCCCGCCUCUGGCCCGCAGCACCCACCGCUCUGCUUUCAGCCUUUGUGAAUUUGUUCUCAGUACCUCACAUAAGUGGAAUCAUACAGUAUCUGUCUUUUUGUGACUGGUUUAUUUCUCACAGAAGCAUUUAGGCAGGUACAAGCUGUUCUUCAAUGAUGUUAACUGUUUCCAGUGUCUCUGUAAUAGAAUUCUGAUUUUCCUUUCCAUCUGGAGCAGUUGUCCUGGGCCCUUGGUCUGUCCCUGGCUUCUGAUGAUCUUGGCGCCUUUGUGGAGGCUCGGCGUGGACCUGGUCUGCUUUGCUAGCAGGCCUCAGCUGUCCUGGCUACACAGCGUCCCGAGAGGCAGCAGCUCUGCCCAUCUUUUUUCAAGUCUAGAUAUUUUCCCCUGCAUAGUCUUUUAUGUGAAGCCCCCCCACCUCCCGGCUUUUUUCAUUUCAAAAAACAGUCGCUGAUGUAGCUCUUGGCACAAAAGCCAGAAAUCAGUGACUGUCUUUCUUUCCACUCGGGGGAUGGUUCCCUUGGCAACUAAGUAACUCAUUUCUUUCAACAAAAUGACUUGCUCAGCUUUGGGGUAAAAGUUUUAUUUCCUCUGAAUUGUGGUUCUCAGCCUUGUGGGUGCAUUAGAAUCACCUGGGGAUCUUUAUAAAGUAACCCCUGUGCCAUGUCCCAGCCCUCACAGAGAAUCUGAUAUGAUCGGCUUAGGGAGAGGGCCUCCUGUCUUUAUUUUUAAAAAUCUUACGUGAUUCUAUUGCAUAGCGGUUAAGAUUCAUUGCCCUAAGGCAGAGAGGUUCCACCCUGGCUCUACUUUGGGGUCAUCUGAGGAGCUUUGGGAAAUACUUCUGCUGGGACCCCACCCGCCCCCAGAUCCAGUUGGUCUGAGGUUUGACCGAGGUAUUUCAAACUUUCCUGGUGAUUCUAACAUGUAGCCAGGGUUGGGAACCACUAUUCUCGAGCAGCGGUUCUGGAACUUGAACCCUUGUCAGAGUCCGAGUCACCUGGAGCGCUCAGGGGCUCCUGGGCCUCCGCCCUGUGGUCUCUGACUUGGUGAGCUGGCUUGGGCCUUUCUCAGACAGCUCCCAAGUGAUGGUGAUGAUGGUGACAUGGUGACACUAGUCCCUAGCCACUAGAGGAUCUUCUGACUAGCUGGACCCUGUUCUCCUGCAUUCCCCACCCCCACCCCCCACCCCUGCAUUGGGGGUUGGGAAAAGCUGAUUGGAGCCUGAGGCUUCUUAAGGUACCAAAUAGCUUUUCUUUUUUCGAACAUUUUAAACACUGAAAUAAACGUUAAGAAAUAUUUUUAAACCAAAGGUACAUAGAUAUUUCUUCUCCCAGGUUAGAGGGCUCUGAGUGGGCCUGGAUUAAGAAUUUAUUUGUGCCUGGGAUUACCAUACCAUGCAGUUGUGAUCAGAGCUAAGGGGUUGAUGUCUCUGGAGUGUGGGACCACCAACCUGUGACCAGGGGAAGGUCAUUCUGUGACCGGUGCUGGAAGGCGGAUAGCAUCGGUGGGCCACACUGCACUCUCUGGCACAGACCGUUCCUGGGCCCCAGGGAGUGUGUGUGUGUGUGUGUGUGUGUGUGUGUGUGUGUGUAGGGAAACUGGGUGCAGUGAUCUGUCCCCACCCCCACCGCACCCACGGAAAACAAGUAGGAAGGUAGUGGUGAGAAGAUGUGCUACAGAAAUGGCCUGUGACCCAGGGAGUAGAGGUCCCUUCCUGCUGCAUUACACUCUUCCUUUUCCACCUUCCUUUGGAAAAGGCUGCAGUUGAAACCAGCUACGUAGUGUCUGGAUCCUGUCUCAGUCUCUCCUCCAAUGGGUUGACACGUCCCCUUGCCCCUUCCCUCUGCAGAUGCCCCCAAUGGUGUGGUCCCAGUGAGAACUUGAUCCUGAGGCAGCUCAGAAUCCCACGAUCAAGUGCAAAGUUUACGAGACCCCCCCUCCAGCUCCCCCCCCCCCAACACCUGGGAGACUUGUUCAUGGAGAAUAUGGUCCCUAUCUUACCGAAAUAAGGUCAAAACAUACCUCACCUCCCAGGACCACUUACCCAACCAAGCAAGCUCACUCAGCCCUUAUAUAGCUGUGGACUCAGAUGAAGGAAAAUUAAUCUUGAGCCCCUGAAACAGAUGCUAAAAAGCUCUGUUUGUUUAGGACCAAAUAUUGUGCUAACAGCAGAUCCCUCGUGGGGUUCACCUUAAUUCUGAAUUCAAUUCUGGGGAACUUGAUUCUGGCUUCUCCUAGGAAAGCGAGUUAAGAGAAUGACAACAGCUACCUGGAUCUAGCAAGAAGUGACAGCUAGCAGUAACGACAUUACAAAGAUCAAAACUGUACGUUCAGAAAGCGCCAAGUGAUCUGAGGCCAUUUAGUGGAGGGGCAAAUGCGUGUCAUGAAGCAUUUUUUAGGUCUGCUCGCCUGUGGUGUCCUCAACCACAUGGGGGUAGGGAAAUGAGCCGAGCCGAGCCGUAUACUAUGUUUAAGAAGGAGGAGGAAGCAGUGCACCCAUUUUGGAAUUACUUCCCUCCCCGCAACACUUAAAACAGUCAUAGAAAUCUUGGUGCUUAAAAGGUUAGCCCUGCAUUAUCUUGAGGUUCAGGCAGGGACAAUAGUUCAUUAUCUGAUAGCAUAGGAUAAAUGAGGUGGACAAACUCAGUCUUUUGGACUUAGGUGUCAUUCCCUCUGAUCUUUGCCACCCUUCAGAGCAGAGGAGGUGAGGAGGAAGGAGGAGACGCUGCACCGCUUCCACCUACCCUCCCCCUUGAGACUUGCAGCAUGGCCCAUGGUGGGGGCCAGGGCGAGGGCCAGGGUGUUCCUUUUCUGCACUUCUGCUUCCACCUCUGGUGUCUUUGCUGUGCUGGGACCAGGGCAGGUGCUGCCGGGACCCGAGCCUGGAUUUAUCUGUGAAUUUGAGAAUACGACUCCCCCCUCCCCACUGCCCCCCUGCACAGGUGAACACUUCUGCUUUCCAAACACCUUCCUCACUCCUUUCUCACCAGGACUGGCUGUAUUCCGAGAAGCUGGGGCAGUUAGGAGCCUCCCUACCUGACUGCGCCCCGAAAAGAUGACGGUGGCAUGCCCCAGGUCACAUGGGAUUUGUGGUGGAGUUCUGGUGCUGGGGGCUGGGAGGGAGGCAGCCGUGCUCUGCUCUUGCCUCUGGGGCUUAUCUGCUUCCUUCUGUCUGAGGUUGUCAGGCUGAUGGGCCUCGGGUCCAGGCCCAGGCCUCAGCCCCAGCCUCACUCCCUGCUGGGGGGCGGGGGGGUGGGGGAGACAUCUUCUUUGGUGUUCGUUCCUCUCUAGGUCCCGAGCUCAGGGGCCCCAGAACCAGGACACUUGCUGGCUGUACCCAAGGGGGUGAGAGUGGAGGCAGUUUUGCUUGGCAGAGUCACCCAACACCCCCAGCCUGAGCAAAGUGGGAUUGCAGACGGAGUUAGCUCAGAGCCAGGGACGCAGCCCCCAGUGCUGUGGCCAUUGGGAGGAGGCUGCUGGGGUCCUGGGUGAUGGGGGCCAACUCUCCUGUCCCCUUCUCCAGUGGGACCCUUGACUCACCGUGGCUGCCUUGGGAGUGUGUCCUUCUGCCCUGGUUGCUGGUCCUCCCUGGGGCUCUCUUGCCUGCACACAUGUUUUAGGGAUGCGACAGGGUCUUCCCUGUGGCCUGCAAAUUUCCUUUCCAGACCCAACUGCCCUCCCGUCAGAAAGCCAUAACUCUUCUUCGAAGCCGUAUUGUUUGGGCUAAAAUAUAUGCAUCUAUUGUAUCUUUUUUUAAACAACACUUUAUCUCAAUGAGCGUCUGCUGGGCUGUUGAGUGUUACAGUUUGGGGUCCAUCCCCGGCCACCUGGCUCCCCAGAGGAAGCCAGGACAGACCACGGAGGUGAACAGGGGAGCAGUGGAAACCCGUUGGCCGGCGGCCCGGUGCUCCCUGCCCCACAGCUGUGCGCAGCCUCAGCCAGGCUCCAGGUCCUUUCACAGGAAGCCCUGCCUCGUGGGUCCCGGGAAGGCCGAGGAGUCUGUCCCUGAGGGUUUGGUGGCACCAACUCAACCCUGAGCAGCCUCCUGCGCCGGAGGACGAACCGAGCCCCGUGUGCUCCUGGGCCCGGAGCCGCUCCUGCUCCCCUCUCUCAGGAGCCCAAUCACGGGGCACUGGGCCGCACUGGGAAGGGAAGGGAGACCUGGGUGUCAUUUGCUGGGACGUGGAGACACUCGGUGUGAGUGGCACUGGGAUGUCGCUGGAACACAGCCCCCGGCCCUGGCUCUUUGGGUUGGCUCCUCAACUGCCCUGAUCACCCUGGAGAGCACGGCCCUGUGGCCUCUGGGGUCCGGGAGCAGGGGCUCCAGCCCUCCCUUCUCUUCAUGCAGCCCUGCUCAGGAGCAGGGAUCACACACCCCUGCAGCACCCCGCCAGCCAUGUGUGGCUGUCCCUGAGGGAUUUGGGAGUGAUGACUGAUCUGUCCUCAGAGUAUAAUCAGGGUACUUUGUAUCUGUCACUGUGCUUGAAAGGCCCUCCUUUUCCACCCAAUAAAACCAGUCAGACAGUUCAUCUAGCAAAGGCUCUUGCGCUGUGGCCCAGUGUGUGUGUGUGUGUGUGUGUGUUUGGGGGCUGGGUUCUUGCAGGCACAGCACCCUCCCCCCCACUCCGAGGAAGCUGCUGGCUCUUGCAAGGGGCUCACAGCCACCCUGGGCACAGGUUUGGGCCGUCCUCGGUGGGGUCCUUAUGGGAAGACCUGUCUGCAUCUGAGCCGGGGAGCAGGUGGCUCGCAAGAAGGGUGCAGAGACCAGAUCCAGACCUACAGUCAGGUAGGAAGCUGAAGUGACACCCUACAGGGUGCAGGAGGAUGUGGAGAGGGCACCGCAGGCUCGAGUCAGAGGAGGAAGAGUCCAGGCGAGCUGGAGGGCUGCCGGAGCAGGUGGUGUUUCAGCUGUGCCCCUACCUGGAAGCUAUGCAGACCUACUUUUUUGAAGCAAGGUCGCCGUCAAGGUCUGGAGUCACAUCAAAAGGCCUCUGAGCACUAAUUAUCUUCUUAUAAAAUUUUUAAAAAGAUUCUUUCCAUGCCAAUCUCCAUGAGUGUGUUUAAAAUAGGAUUUUAUAUACAUAUAUAUGUAAGACAUAUAUACAGUUUUUAAAAUUCAUGCACAAACAGCCUGACCAGGGCUAGCCUGUAGAAAAGACUCCCCAGAUCUGCAACUUGGGGAAGUCCAAAGUCCUCCCCAUGCUUUCCCAUUGGAGAAGACAACGUGCAGCCUCCCAGAGGCUGGCAUUUUCACGGCCCCUCUGCCUUCAGACUCUUGCUCCUGAGCAUGGUUUGGCUUUAUAUCCCUUAACCACUCAGGUACUAGAUGCAGACCGUCAGUGAUGGGAUAAUGCAUCCCAGAGUGAUACGGGAGGAGAGAAGAGGGAUGGAAGCCAUCUCUAAAUGCGCAACCUCAAAUGGAAUGUUUGGCAUCCCUGGGCUGACAUGUCCUUGGCCAGCCAGCCUCCCCCUGUGGACACCCCAGGCAGCCCCAGCCUCAGCCUGUGGCUCCGGCCUCUCCUCUUCCUGACCCUUUCAGUGCCUCCCUGUCCCCAGCUCCCCAGCUCCCUCCAGCGGAGAACACAGCCCCAUGCACUCUGCAUUCAAUCUCCUACGGAACCUGGAUCUUAGCUCACCUUUGACCUUCCUCCCUCCCUCCCUCCCAACAAGGAUGGAUGCCACCUGCAAGAUGUUUAAAUGUUUCUUAUUAUGAUGGCAUAACACCAAACACUCAAGCAAGCAACUGUGGAAUCUAAGGAUGUGGUCUGAGGGUUAGCCCUGAGACCUGGGCACUGCAUUCUAGUCUUGUCAUCAUAAGAAAAAAGAAAAAUCUGAGGGUCAGGGAAGUAGGAGUUCAAUAUAUAUUUUUGACUGAAUGAAGGGAUGAAUGUAUCAAUAAGCUGGGGAACAGAAGUUGAAUGUAGUUCAUUUAUUUCUUUAAUAAACACUUAAUGGAG